GCCAUAUUACAGCCAGAGGGGAGGAGAGAGGAGCACCUAACAGAGAGCAGCAAAGACAGGGCACCCUCAGAGGGACACGAAUAAGGAUCUGGUAAUAAGAAACAACAAAAAGGAUAUUUCUUUUCUUCUUUAGAGAGGAUUACAAACAGAGACAAAAAUGCCUAAACCGGUUAAUGUUCGUGUGACUACCAUGGAUGCUGAGCUGGAAUUUGCCAUUCAGCCCAACACAACUGGCAAACAGCUAUUUGAUCAGGUGGUUAAGACAGUGGGCCUACGAGAGGUCUGGUACUUUGGCUUGCAGUACGUGGAUACUAAGGGAUUCCUCACAUGGCUGAAACUUGAUAAAAAGGUCUCAGCACAGGAGGUUCGAAAAGAGAACCCUCUUCAAUUCAAAUUCCGUGCCAAGUUCUUUCCUGAAGAUGUUUCUGAAGAGCUCAUUCAAGAUAUUACCCAAAAACUCUUUUUCUUGCAAGUCAAAGAUGGCAUUCUGAGCGAUGAGGUCUACUGUCCGCCAGAGACGGCUGUACUCCUAGGGUCAUAUGCUGUUCAAGCAAAGUUUGGAGACUACAGUAAAGAUGUUCAUAAGUCUGGGUACCUGAGCUCAGAACGCCUUUUGCCACAAAGAGUCCUGGACCAACACAAACUUUCCAGAGAACAGUGGGAGGAGAGGAUUGAGGUUUGGCACUCAGAACACCGUGGUAUGUUGAAGGAGGAUUCCAUGCUAGAAUAUCUCAAGAUUGCUCAAGACCUGGAGAUGUAUGGAAUUAACUACUUUGAAAUUAAAAACAAAAAGGGGACAGACCUUUGGCUGGGAGUGGAUUCUCUAGGCUUAAAUAUUUAUGAGCAUGAUGAUAAGUUGACUCCAAAGAUUGGUUUUCCUUGGAGUGAAAUUAGGAACAUUUCCUUCAAUGACAAGAAGUUCAUCAUCAAACCAAUCGACAAGAAAGCACCUGACUUUGUGUUCUAUGCACCACGUCUCAGAAUUAACAAGCGUAUCCUUCAGCUCUGCAUGGGUAACCAUGAGCUGUACAUGCGCCGCAGAAAGCCUGACACUAUUGAGGUGCAGCAGAUGAAGGCACAGGCUAAGGAGGAGAAACUUCAGAAACAAUUGGAAAGACAACAGUUGGAAAAUGAAAAGAAAAAAAGAGAAGCUGUUGAGAAAGAAAAGGAACAGAUGCUGAGAGAAAAGGAGGCACUGAUGCUCAGGCUACAUGACUAUGAGGAACAGACCAAGAGGGCAGAAAGAGAGCUGUCAGAGCAGAUCCAAAGAGCCAAGGAACUGGAAGAAGAAAGGAGGAGAGCUCAUUUGGAAGCAGAACGAUUGGAAGCUGAACGAUUAGCUGCUCUUCGUGCCAAAGAGGAACUGGAGAGGCAGUCUUAUGACCAGCUGAAGAACCAGGAGCAACUGGCUUCAGAGCUAGCAGAAUAUACAGCCAGGAUUUCCCUGCUGGAAGAAGCAAGAAUAGCCAAAGAACAAGAGGCAGGAGAGUGGCAACUAAGGGCCCAUGAAGCUCAGAAUGACUUGCUAAGAACCAAAGAAGAGCUGCAUAUGGUAAUGAGUACCCCACCUCUUCCCCCGCCACCAGUAUAUGAGCCCGUCAGGGAAUACGUUCAGGAAAACCUGCAGAAGGACGGCAUGGAAUACAGCUACAGUGCAGAACUUAACAAUGACGACUUUUAUGAUGACCGCAAAGAGGAGAACCGAAUUACAGAGGCAGAGAAAAAUGAACGUGUACAGAGGCAGCUAAUGGCUUUGACAAAUGAACUUUCUCAAGCACGAGAUGAUACAAAGAAGACACACAACGAUUUGCUGCACACAGAAAACGUUAAAGUGGGACGCGACAAGUACAAAACGCUAAGGCAGAUUCGUCAGGGCAACACUAAGCAGAGAAUUGAUGAAUUUGAAGCCAUGUAAUGAGUCUUGAUGCUGUCAACAGAAAUGGGCAGAUUUUAAAAGCUGGUUUUUUUUUUAGGGGUCUCUGCAUGAUAUUUUUAUUUUUGACCCUUCUUGGCUACAGAAGCACCCUUGAAAAAAAUUAAAAUCAAAAUCAUUACUUUUUCUCCGCUUUUUUUUUAUUUCUCUUUAGAACAACAUGCCAGCGUGAAGCAGUUCUUAGCUUCAUUAUGGGGCCAAAAUGCAUUACAGUUGCCAUAUGCAACCACAGCAUUUUUGCACCAUGAAAUUAUUUAAGUAACUUUUUUUUAUAAGUAAUAAUGUGUUCAGCAGUAACACUAAAAACAAAAGUAGGUACUAGUUAAUAUUGUUGUGCCAAACGGCCUUCUCUUAUAAUAUAAAGCGGGAAACAAAGAACUAAAUAUAUUUUUUAGGCUUGAUUUUAAUUUGAUAAACUCAUUUGUUAGUUCUAGACUAUGCAUACACAUAUGCAGAUGGUAUUUUUUUUUUCAUUGUAAUCAUAUUGGUGUACACCAUUGAUUAAAGAUUUCCUGGGUGAAUUUUGUGCCAUACAUUUUUUGUAAUCUUUCGGUGCAUACUAGCAAACAUGCAAGAUCAGACAUUUAUGUGUUAAAAAUCCAAGAGAAACAAAACAACCUUGCUAAAUAUGCUUUUAUUAUAAUUUAGGCAUUUCAUCAAAAUCAAAUCACAGAUAUCAUCUAUAAUAUUUUUGCAGGAUAUUUAAAUAUAGUCCAGUUUCAAAUAUUGUUUAACAUUUGGUAUCAACGAUAUUUUAUCCAGUCUAGAUAAUGACUCAUGUUUCUGCUGUAUAUUAUAUGUGUGCAAAAAUAUCCUUUUAAUUUAAUACUUUUUUGGAAUUAUAUAUUGUUAAGACCAAAUCUGAUCAUGUUAAUACAAGGAGAUUCUAUGAUUCUAUUACAGAAAUGUGUACAGCUGUUUUCCAAAAGGUAACACAACCAACGCACAUUUCGCUUUCCCUCUACAGUGAAUGAUUGCCAAACAUCCCACUCAGCAGAUAUGUUAAAAUAUUUAUAUAAAUACAUAAAAAGCUCAUGAGUUCACAUACUAAAGUUUAGCUUCCUGUACAUAUUUUUUUGAGCUGAUGCAUCAUCUCCACUGUUAAAACUAUUCAUGUGUUAGAAAGAAACUUGCUUUUUUUCCCCAACACAGAUUAUAUAUGGUAUGGUGGAGGUUUAGAACUAGUUUGUCCUUAUGCCUUUUCCAUAAUUUGAAAGUCAUUAAAGAAGAGAUUAAGACAAGACCUUGAAAUUAAAAUACAAUUUUUUAUUUUUUAUUAAUUUUACAUAAAAAAAUACACCUAAGUUUUGAUUUGAGAAACUGAUUUCUCUAGCAGUGGACUAACAUGCACAGGUAGCCGAUUACUACAAAAAAAGUAGUAGUUUUUCAUUUCUUUGUAAAAGUCCACCAGUUGAUGAUAAAUCUAAACUACCCACUAGGUUUUAAAACCUUGUUUAACCACUUUAUGGCAUUUGGAGGAAUCUGCUGAAUCUUUUACAGAGUUACAAUAUAAGAAAUAUUUCAUAUUAAUCACUAAUCAAGCAUAGAAUUUAGUAUUUAUGUAUUAAUAAGAUAGUAAAACCUACAUUUUUUUAAUGUAUUAGAUAAAAAGGGAAAUGUUUGUAUUGUAUAUUUUUGUUAUUUUCUCAGAUUAUUAAAAAUAAACUGCAUAUGUAAAAUAAAUUGACUUAGCCAAUUCAAAUUGAUUUGCUGUAGGGAUGUUUGCUUAAAGAAUUCUUAUUAAACUAAAUUGUAGGUGUACAUGCAUAUCAUUUGAUUCACUUUCUUAUACAUCAUUGUUUUCUUGCAUUAUUUUAAAUAUGUGACAGUAUUGUUUCAGGCUGCAGUUAUAAAGGGUCUGUUAUCUUUGUUUUUAUCAUUUUUUUAUAUUUAUGCUAUCAGCGCAAGAGAAAAUAAAUAAAUCACAUUUCUGUAAUUAAAUUUUAUGAUGGAUCAGUCUUGGAUAGUUUGUUGCUGCUUGACUAUAAAUAAACUAUUGUAAAAAAAAAACAAAAAAAACACUCUUAACAAUAACACUUUGAUGACAGUGACACAAUAAGGUUUGCAGGUUUUGCCAUAUUCUUUGUAACACAAUAUAAAAGGCUAUAAAGGAUGUAAAAGUCAUAUCUUUGGUUCAAAUUUUAUUUUUGGUAAAAUGGUCCUGUUUAUUGAAGUAAUUGUUAAAUUGUAAUGGCUAUAUAAGUUAAAAUACCACUUGGUAAUUGUAAGUUCAUUAUUUAUGUUGAAAAAUAACAAAUGAUGGGCUGGGUUUUGUGAGACUAUUUUCAUCUCAUACUGGAUAUUCAAUAUUCCACCACUUGACAUAAUAUAACAGCAAUGCAGUGUAAAUAAAAACUGAUGUUUGUUCCUAUUAACUGAACAUUGUGUUAGAAAACACUCAUCUUAUUGGGGGAAAGCAAAGCUCAAACUGUUUUAGUGCUAUCUGAAAAAAAAUCUAAUUAAAGCAACACAAGAAAUGGAUGCAGACAAUUAAAAAUUGUAUAAUUUUUAAA